CUCUUCUCCAUUCGGCGAGGCGCGUCGUAAUGAAAGGAGCGCGUGAGCGGCGGUUGCUGUGACUUCCUCGCUCAUCGGCAGCUACAUUGUGUGGAAGCAGCACGUUGUUGGCUUCUGCACGCUGUGAACUUUACGCCGAAAAUUCUCCUGUUCAAGGAGAAACCAGAUUUCAAAGCUACCAGCUAGUUUCUCAUACGACAGUUAGUUAUCCCAGCUUGAGAAAUCAUGUCGGCCUCGGCGGCAAAAGUGAGUAAAAAGGAGCUGAACUCGAACCAUGACGGAGCGGACGAAACCUCCGAGAAAGAGCAGCAAGAAGCUAUUGAACACAUCGACGAAGUUCAAAACGAAAUUGACAGGUUGAACGAGCAAGCCAGUGAGGAGAUCCUCAAAGUAGAACAGAAAUACAACAAACUCCGUCAGCCAUUCUUUCAGAAGAGGUCAGAACUGAUCGCCAAAAUCCCCAACUUCUGGGUCACUACGUUUGUCAACCAUCCACAAGUAUCUGCCCUACUGGGAGAGGAAGAUGAAGAAGCACUUCAUUACCUCAGCCGAGUGGAGGUGACAGAGUUUGAAGACAUCAAAUCGGGCUACAGAAUAGAUUUUUAUUUUGACGAAAAUCCAUACUUCGAAAACAAAGUACUUUCCAAAGAGUUCCAUUUGAAUGAGAGCGGGGACCCAUCUUCAAAGUCGACAGAAAUCAAAUGGAAAUCAGGAAAGGACCUGACCAAGCGCUCCAGCCAGACACAGAACAAAGCCGGAAGGAAGAGACAACAUGAAGAGCCAGAGAGCUUCUUCACUUGGUUCACUGAUCACGCUGACGCCGGUGCUGAUGAGCUCGGAGAGGUCAUCAAGGAUGACAUCUGGCCUAACCCCCUGCAAUACUACCUGGUUCCUGACAUGGAUGAUGAAGAAGGGGAAGGUGAGGACGAUGAAGAGGACGAGGAGGGUCUGGAGGACAUCGACGAGGAGGGAGAUGAAGAUGGAGAGGAGGACGAAGAGGAAGAUGGAGAAGAUGGAGAGGAUGAUGAGGGAGAAGACGACUAAGUAAUAACUUGAUCUACCCAAACCCUAAACCUUCUAUUCCCUGUUUGGUUUUUCCACUCGCAUUCGGGAGCAAAGGUUUUAAUUUUAUUUUUUUGGUUACUUUUUUUUAUAAAUAAAUCUGUGUGCUUCAUUUUCCAUUCUGAAGCCUCUUCACCUUGGUGGUGCCAUGUUAUGUUCUCCUUUGAAUCAUCUUAGGACAAUGGCACUUUUCCCUGAAUUGUGAGUACCAUCCCCAAAGUCAUUU